CUAUCUCGCUUGGAAAUUAUGAAGGGAACCAGCCUCAGUCAAUUCUAGACGGGGAAAAGUUAAAUUGGGCGAAUUUGAAAUUUUGAAUAGGCCUAUCUGACAUCUGAAUUAGGCUACCGGGUGUUCUCCGGAAUGCACUCUAGUUUAGGCUAUAGCCUAACUUGCGCUAUACAACAAAUUUUCUGAGGUAGGGUUGAAUUGCCUUGUGACAUGUAUCAGAAAAUCUCAGAACAUCUCGUUUGACACACUCUCUCGCUCUCUCUCUCUCUUGCUCUCUCUCUUGCUUGCGCUUCCCCCCCUCUCUGCCGUGAUAUGGAUUAUGGAACAAUAGCCUGAUGGAGACACAUCAAGACCGAUUGAGAUCUGCGGCGCUUGUGAAAAACACGGGCAUUUAAAACAGGUGGCCGAUCCGGCAACAGUUCACGCUGUCCUGAUCAUCCUCUGCUACAAUAACAGGCUGCCAUCUGAGAAAGGCUGAGAUACAGUGCGCAGGCUCUCCCAGCGCUUUUCUCCAGCAUCGAACCCCAGAGCAACGCACAGUGGACACUUGGCCAACAUGUUCCAGGUUUGAUUGUAGAAGUGUACGCUGAAGACAAUUCUGCAAAUCAAGCUGAACGUUUAGAGGCGACAGAAGACAAAUUCUCCCGGAGAGAGCUCUUUUGGAACAUUAGUCAGUGGGAGAACUGAUGCUUUGUGUCUCUUAUUUUUCUCUCUGCUGAACUCUCCUCAGAAGGUCAGAGGAGCAUGUAACUGAAACAAGUGGAGCCCUCUGUUAUUUCAGCAUCCUUCUCCCCCCAUCUGUGCCUACAUUCUCUGCCACAGAUAGGGAUGUUUUGAUAAUUACAUAUAAUUAUAAUUUCUGUGGGAGACAGAUCUGCUUCUGUCUAUUAUUGCCAACACCUCCAACACAAUAACUUCACACAUUUACAUAUUUCUCGACAAAAGUGAUAUUCUUUGAACCUCGGAGACAAAUCAGGAAUAAUUUUACUCAGAGAGAUAUGUCACACGGAGAAGCAAAGUGCCAUUCAGUUCAUAUCUAAUUACUGAUACAGUUGAAUGAUGCGGGUGACUUUUUGUGCCUAAAAGCUGAACACAGAACAUUUCAAAUCCGUGACAUUUGUCUCAUUUUGCGAUGUAUUUUACAAGCUGGGAGUCGUUUCCUUGGUUUAUGCGUACUCCUAAUUUUCAGCUGUUACAGUCUUCUAGCACUUAAGCAGAGCCUCACUCAUUAUCACCCCCGGUCCAAUCACAGUAACAGUCCGUACCAGGCGAGUACUGAUGCACAAUAAUCCAACCGUAGAAAAGAUUGAGAUAAAUGGUGUAUCUAUAGACAUGAUGAGUGCCUAGAACAAGUUAACAUGGAGAUUAGUCCCUGCUCCAGAGAAACUAGGCAUUGUUAAUAAACAGUUUUCAUCAGUGGUACAGUCUGUUAAUUUCAUUUAAUAUUUUACAAUGCCAAAUAUAUGGAAAUAGUUAUAGAUUUCAUUCAUUUUCCCAGAAAAUAAUUGCUUACAGCUUAAAUAAGUGCCAAUUCUGAAUGUAUGUAGUGCCAGACUAAAAUACAUCACCCAGGAAUAAACAAAACAGAUACAACUGUUUACAUUUGACAAACUACAGGCCAUAGACUAUUGUUCAAGUGCCAUGAUCAGCACAGGAAUGUAUAGGAUUGCCAUAUUGUAUUGAAAAUACUUGCGACUUAUUUUCACUGGCAUUUCCGGCUGCAAGAAAUAAUUUCAUCCAGCAGUACGUCAGAUAUUAGUUGUUUUGUUCAGAGGGACAUGUAGAACAAGGCAUUAAGGACUAAAAGCAUGAAGAUUGUUGUUUUUAAUUUGUCUUUUUUACAAAGAUGGAUCCAUUUUAGUGUUCUAGACUUGAGAGGUGUUUGUGGAGGGCAAAAGAUGAAGUCAUUACGCAUUCAGAGUUACUUUGUAGCAGUAAAUUAAAAUCAUUUUAACACCAUUAUUGGCAAUUAUUGAAACCUGACAACAGAUUUUUUUGUUCCUGGCCUUUUCUAUUAUUACAUCACAUAAAUACUCAGUUUCUAACCCAACAUACACAGGUUUCAAAUUUCAUCAUCCAGCAUUACUGAAUGAAACGUCUGACACAUCAUCAAUAUCCAGUAGGUUCUACGUGCUACUUGAAUAUUUCACAUGCCAUUUUAGUGGGUUAAACUGCAAAAGCGGAUACAGUCUUGUAACUGCAUUGACUCAACUACAGAAAAUAGAUCUCUUAGUCAUGUAAAAAUGACGCCCACCACCAAUCUCCGAGUUCUCGCUGUCUCCCUGCUCUCCCUGCUCUCCCUCCUUACUGCCCCACUUACCACUAUCGUGGAGACCUCUCCGUCCCCCCCUCCUCAGCACACAGACCGCUCAGGGAGGCCAUUCACCGAGCAGCCCAAGACUGGCCCCAGCCCCUCUCUCCUGCUCCUUGCCAUCCAGGCCAAUAUGAGACCAGCUGCUCUCCAAGGCAGGACCAAAACCCCUGAGAAACUUCCAGAAACCUCAGAGGGAGUUCUGGAGAUGCCUCCGAGACCCCUUCCCCAGGUCAUGUUCCCCAAGAAUGUGACUUCAGCGGAGGCCCUUGCACCUCCCUUAGGCGCCGCCCAGGUAGCACCCAUUCGACCACGCCUGAUGGAUGUAUGGAUGGAUGUAUGCCGGGGUUAUUAUGACGUGAUGGGACAUUUUGACAGCGCUUUCAACUGCUCAAAGGACACCUUCGUCUUUUGUUGUGGAACCUGCCACUACCGCUUCUGCUGUCCAGAGCGCAGCCGGCAACUGGAACAGGACAUCUGCAAGAACUAUGACUCUCCAGACUGGGCCAAGCCGCAGACAGACUCCAUGAUUAUAUCAGAGGAAUUAGGUCCUGACCCAGACUUCGAUCCACUGAAGCAGCAGAGCCACAAUACGGGCUUUGUCAUCGGAGGUGUGAUUGUGUUCAUGGUGGCUGUUGCGGUGGGCAUCAAGGUGGUCUUCAACAAGGUGCAACAGGAAGCCAACCAAAGGGACCUGAAUAUGCCCAGAGCUCUGGUUGACAUGUUGCGGCACCAGUCGAGCCCAGUCCAGCAGGAUGAGAGAAACAACAGUGUGGCUCUGGCUGUAGGGGAUGGACAGGGGACACUGGGGAGAGCUCCAAAAAAUCUUUAUGCUCCAGGACUGCCCAGCAAGGACAACAGAUUGGGCAAUUUGCAACACAAUUUCAUCCACUCAUCAGGCUCCAGCCCCAAACACACUGCAACUAUCGAGCGCACCCCUCGAAUGAACAAUGCUCAGCUGGCAGCUGGAGGCACCCUGCUCUCCAGUAAGCACAACAACACCAAAUCCCAGCCUGCUUUCCACCACUCCCUGCACAACCUGGCUCAGCUGCCGCCCUCCUAUGAGAGUGCCACCAAGCCUGAGCUCAAUAGAUACUCCUCACUCAAACGCCUCGAGAAAGGUCUCGAUGAGUACUCGUCUGGUUACUGCACCACCAAGCGCCGGCCUCACACAGCCCAGCCGGCCCUGCAGUCCUCUCAGCACCACCUUCACUGGGGUGGAGACUACACCCUCAGUGGAAGAGGAACGCUCCCCAGGCAUGCAGCCCGUCCUUGGAUCCCGCCGCCACCUUCUGGCAUGCCUGCGUCACCCACCCCCAAUCCUUACCCUCUGGAUCCCCCGGAGCCACAGUACAACCCCAAUUACGACACUCUUUCCAAGCCGAGGAAAGUUAAGUCCUCUGACCAGCUGCUCAACAUGGGUGACGUCCCUGGCAACACGGGGACCCUGUCCAGGCUGUCCAAGAACCAGCAACACCAGUACUACAAAGCCAUGGCUGCCUCCAAUAAGAACUCCAACACGCAGACCCUCACAAGGAAGACCCAGGACAGGAGAGAGGAGAGACAGGAACGGCUGCUUAUGUCCCCGGACCACUUGGAUAGGAUGGGGGUCGGCGGGAUGGGGGUUGUAGAUCCAUACGCUCACACAGGAGGGAUUGUCCCCACGCUGCCUCGGCAGCAGAAGGCCCAGUCCCAGCAGAACGUCUGCGCCACGCCUUCCCUCGACCGACACCACAUGAUCAAGAUGAACUCUCACCCAACGUCCGGGCGAGAGCAGGAGCGGAGUACCGCCAUGACAGGGCACAUGAGUGGGGGCAUGGGCUGGGCGGGGGAGAUGCCCGGGGCUGGGGUAGUCAUGGGAACGGGAACACUAGGGGGCCACAGCGCCAGGAGGAUGGCUUUUGCAGCGAAAAGGCAGAACACCAUUGAGCAGCUACAUUUCAUACCAGGAGGGGGCGGUGGGGGGUCAAGUGGAGGAAGUGGAGGAGGGAGUCAGGGGAUCAGGACGGGGAGUAAAAAUGAGGUGACGGUGUGA